AUGGCAAAUACAGAGGGCGACAUUGUGGAACUACACGUCCAGAAUGAUCUUUAUGCUCAAUCAUCCAUCCAUUGGUACGGCUCCAACGUCCCGCACUCCAGGUCUGGCAUGACGUACCCGCGAUCCGCAAAAUAUGGACCCUGGAAUGAUGGAACUGCUGGACUGGAUCAGUACCCAACCCUACCUAGGGGCAACUACUCCACGGUCCAUGACACAACUGGCAAAUGGGGACUAAAUUGGUAUGCUGAGCACACCACUGCCGGGUCGGUCGAUGGUUUAUACGGCCUCGCCUAUGUGGCACCGAGCCCAUCACGAAAGCGCCCCUACCAUCUCAUCACCUCAGACCCUCUCGAGCUUCGCCAGAUCCACGAGGCUGAGCGAAAUAUUCGCCACCUUGUCAUCAAAAAUCACCAGCAUCGUGAUAGCGGCUGGAAGUUUCUGCGCAUGAGAGCAGAGGGCUCAGAGUUCUACUGCUAUGACUCUAUAAUCGUCAACGGCAAGGGGCGAGUGCACUGUCGCCAGCCUGGCUUCGAGAAGCUGAACGGUUUGGACCUGGACGAGAAGGGCUGCAUUCAGCCUCAGGGCCUGCCGGAUGAGAAGUGCUCGCCAAGUGAAGCGGACUAUGAGGUUAUCGAGACAGACGGUCAACAGUAUCUGAUGCUCAACCUGCUCAACUCGGGAUUCGAGCACUCCGUCAAGGUUGGUAUUGACGGUCACGAGAUGAUCGUGGUGGCGAACGACGGAGGCUUUGUGGAGCCUUACACUACUCAUGUUGCAUACAUACCCAGCGCGGGCAGAAUCACCGUGCUCGUCAGAACCGACGCCACGGCCACGGAAUAUGCAGUCAGGAUAUCGUCCACUAGUGUUUUACAAAAUCUUCAAGGUUAUGCGGUUCUUCGCUACCCAGGGAAGCGCCAGCCAAUCUAUGGCCAGCCUAUGCCACUCCCAACGGCAAAGCCGUCCGAGGAAGAAGUGUGCCUGCUGAAGGACUCGAGCGUGCGCCCGCACUGCAAGGAGGUCGAGGCCAACUUCCUACCCCCUUAUCCUGCGGUCCCGGUGCCAGUGCCCGCGGCGAGCAGGUCGUGGGGGAAGAAGAAGGACCGCGCCGCCGCGGACCUGACCUACCGCCUCACGGCCGGGGUGCAAAAGUCCGAGACGGAGGCGCACGCGCCCGAGUACUUCCUCAACGAGAAGCCGUGGCAGCUAUUCCGCGCGUCCAUGACGCCCGUCCUGUUCAACUUUGCGCAGGGCUCCGGGUCCGCCGCGGCGCAGGAGGUCGAGAAGCCCAUCAUCGGCGGUGUCCCUGCGGGUGCGGUCGUCGACUUGAUCAUCAAGAACACCCUCAAUGAGUCGAUCCCGCUCUACAAGCACGGCGAGCCGCACUGGGUCCUCGGGUCGGCCGCAGAUGGUGCGUUCCCCUACGACACCGUCAGCGAGGCGGUCCGGGCUGGCUUUGGGUCCCUGAACCUUGAGAACCCUGGCCUGGCUGUUGUGCAUGACCUGCCACCCCUUGGGUGGUCUGUCGUGCGGUUCAAGGCUACCUCUGGUGUGGCAACCAUGCUGCAUGCAGUCAAGUUGAGGAUGUUCGCGCUUGGGAUGUCGGCGCCGAUUCUGGAAGGCCUGGAUGCCCAGAACGCGGUUGACAUACCUGAGUAUGCCAAGGCUCGACCUCACGUCGAGUUCAAGCCGGCAAAUGAUGGGGUAUUCGGCUGA